AAUUUUUUUAACUUUUCAAGAUCCUUCAAAAUGGUGGAGGUUAUUAAAAAUUCGUCCCGUCCUAACUUAGCUGCUUUUUUUACUUAUUUAUAUUAAAAAUCCCUUAAAUAUUGUUCUAUUCUCCCCGCCAUUCCGAACUACAAAUUGAGUGAAUUAAAUUUUCCGUUUGCUAUGAAAAUUCAACAAAAGAUUCGAGUGGUGUUAACAAAUUGUUGACAUGCACGUAAAGUGAAUAGAAUAUAUAUUUUCGAACUUUAAAUGUGUUAUAAUUAUUAUUAAAAAAAAUAUGAACAUACACACUUCCGAAUGCAUUGCCUCUAAAGUGCUCUCUAACAAAAACAACAACAACACUAGUGCCACAAUCAGUUCUUAUCUCAAUCGAAAGCAUCUGAAAUUCUUGAUUGUAUAAAAACAAUUCAAUCGCCAGUAAAUUAAAUUAGUUCAAAUCGAAAAUUAUUUGCAAUCGCAUCGAACAUGGGUGGCGGGCGUUGUUGUUUUACCCUGCUACUUCCAAUAAUUUUUUUAUUGAACCUGGUGGGUGCUCAAAAGCAGCCAUUAUUCACCGAGCAACGUAGCAGCAUUGUGCAUUUGUUUGAAUGGACUUGGAAGGACAUUGCCAAGGAGUGUGAAGAUUUUCUGGGGCCUCAUGGCUAUGGUGGUGUGCAGAUUUCCCCACCCAAUGAGGUUAUUGUGCAGGAAAACAACCCCUGGUGGGCUAGAUAUCAACCUGUCUCCUAUAUUCUCACCUCAAGAUCCGGCAGUGAGGCCGAUUUGGCGGACAUGAUCAAACGCUGCAACCAGGUUGGGGUACGCAUUUAUGUGGACACCGUUGUGAACCACAUGUCUGGUUUUAAGGCCGGCAAAACCAUCGUAUAGCCCCCAUGUAACGGCACCUCCCUAUAUUCUGUAUAUUAAUGAUUUUCGGGACAUUAUUCACCAGAAUUGUUUCAAAUUUUGUAUUUGAAGUUCAUAGUGGAUAAUACAGACUAAGACAGAAAACUGUGCGUGCAGGUCCACGUUUUGGUAUAACACCCAUAGUGCCUCUCUACAUUCGGUAUUUGGAUGAUUUUAGCUACAUUAUUCACGAUUUUUUCUCAAGUUUCGCAUUUGAAUAUGGUAAUGGCUCAUGACAAAAGUUGUCUACGCAGGUCCACGUCGUCGUAUAGACCCUAAUAUAAGGGCUACAUUCGGAAUUUUUAAGAUUUCAACAGACU